UUCAUUUUGUGAUACAGGCAGAAUUCCAAGAACCUGAUACCUGAAGGGCCGCUGCAGAAGAAGUUGAAACUGCAGGAAGAAAGCGAAGAGAUGAGGGAAGAGGGCAAGGAGGAAGAUACCCAAAGUGAAAUAGAGGAAGAGAAAGGGAACGAGAAGGAUCAAAGGGUUUAUGAGCAUACUUCAGAGGAAGAUGAGGUUUACGUUUGGCCGAAUGGUAAUCGCAGUAGGACUCACGAAGAAUGGGCUAGAUAUUACAAACAAAUCAAGGAAAGCGAGGGAUUCGAUGUUGAUCCAUUUCCAGGCACCUGUGAGUUUGGCCUUACGGCGAUCACGGAUUUUGAUGAUGAAAUUCUUAUCAGAUGUACUAAAUUGGCAAUCGAACAUUUUAAUAAGGAAAAUGAUAUGAGUUAUGUGUUUGUAAAAAUAGAGAAGGCAACGUGUAGUGUCGCAGCAGGACUUUGGUACUAUGUUACCUUCCAAGCAGUUGACGGUGAAGCUGAGCCGAAAAUCUUCCAGGCGAAGGUGUUUUAUGGGGUGCAACGUAACAUUAGAGUUGCUCUUUGUAGACUCAAGCCCACUGCGAGUUAGUAGAGGCGGAAUGUCAUGCUCUACACCAGGCCUUCCCCAUUCAGGUGCUGUUUGGUCGUGAAUAAUGGUGGUAAAUUUUUUUUUUUUUUCGAUUGCUGGUUUUUCUUUAUUUUAAGUUCUUAGUUAUUGGUGUUAGUACUUUGGAGGCUUUAACAAGUUAUAUUGUGUCAUUUUAUCUUAUUAUCUUUGCUUUAACAAAUAAAAGAUGCUACUUUUCCUAAAUAUGGGAGUUUGUCGGUGCUCUCGUGAAGAGUCAAAUUUAUCUACUUGUAGGGUUCGGUGUGAGAUACAAAACUUUGCAGUGUAAAACACAUAGCUUAGGCAAAUAUGUUGCCCUUAUAUUCUAAGUGGUAUUGGCUUAUGCUAAUUUCUUA